CCCUAUCCAGCCGCCUAGCUUUCCGUUGUGUAUAAGUAUUCCGAGGCAUUGAUACACAUAAAGCAGGUCUUCAUCUUCCUUCAGUUGCGCAUUAGCUAUAUUUUUGAACUAGGUCUGCAUUUUUUUGGUACCCCGCAGGAAGGAAGAUGGACUCGUCGCAGUUCCGAGACGCGGCGCACUCGGCCAUUGAAGAAAUAAUCCAAUACUACGACACCCUCGCCGAGCGGCCCGUCCUGCCCUCCAUAUCGCCCGGCUACCUGCGCCCGCUCCUGCCUGAUGGCCCUCCCGAGGAGGGAGAAGCAUGGCCCCAGAUCCAGGCCGACAUCGAGCGCCUAAUUAAGCCCGGCCUGACGCACUGGCAGUCGCCCAAGUUCAUGGCCUUCUUCCCCUGCAACAGCAGCUUCCCGGGCAUGCUGGGCGAGCUGUACAGCGGGGCGUUCAACGCGGCGGCGUUUAACUGGAUCUGCAGCCCGGCGGUCACGGAGCUGGAGACCGUGGUCAUGGAUUGGAUUGCGGCGAUGCUGGGACUGCCGGAGGCGUACGUGAGCAAGGGGGAGGGCGGCGGCAUUAUCCAGGGAACGGCGAGCGAGGUCGUGGUUACGGCGGUGGUGGCGGCGCGGGAGCGGCUGGUGCGGCGGAAAUUGAGCUUGGAGGGAUUGGAUGCGGAGGCCGAGGAGGGCAUGGAGAGGGCGGCGGAGCUGAGGGGCAAGAUGGUCGCGCUGGGGAGCGAGCAUGCGCAUUCGAGCACGCAGAAGGCGGCGAUUAUCGCGGGGACGCGGUUCAGGAGCGUGCCAGCGCCGCGGGAGACGGGGUUCCGCGUUACGGGUACGGCGUUGAGGCAGGUGAUUGAGGAGUGUAAGAAGAAGGGGCUCGAGCCGUUCUACUUCACUGCCACCAUCGGGACGACAGCGACGUGCGCCGUCGACGAUCUCGAAGGUAUCGCACAAGUCGCGCGGGAAUACCCCGAUAUAUGGAUCCACGUCGACGCCGCGUACGCCGGCAGCGCGCUCAUCUGCCCCGAGUACCAACACCUAUGCCCCUCCAUGCAGCACUUCGACAGCUUCAACUUCAACCUACACAAGUGGCUGCUGGUGAACUUCGACUGCAGCGCGUUUUUCAUCAAGCGGCGCAAAGACCUCAUCGACACGUACAGCAUCACGCCGUCUUACUUACGGAAUAAGUUCACAGAGUCGGGACUCGUGACGGACUACCGCGACUGGCAGAUCCCGCUGGGCCGGCGCUUCAGGAGCUUGAAAGUGUGGUUCGUGCUGCGGACGUAUGGCGUCAAUGGGCUGCAAGGGUUUAUUCGGAACCACGUGAAGCUAGGGGAGUACUUCCACGGCCUCAUCGCGUCACGCGAGGAUCUCUUCACCGUCGUCACGGGGCCGGCUUUUGGCCUGACGACGUUCCACGUCAAUCCGCGCUCUAUCACUUCACUGGCGUCGUCGCCCGCCAACGAGCCGAAUCCCGCGCACGAAGCGUAUCUCAACGACUUCACCAACAGCGCGGAAGCACAGUUCCGCGAGGACGCGAACCAGGCGACGAAGGAGGUGUAUGAGCGGGUGAACUCGCAGGGCGAGUUUUUCCUGACGAGCACGGUGGUGUGCGGGGUGUAUGUCAUACGGGUUGUGAGUGCGACGGAGAGGGCGGAGGAGAAGUAUUUGAAGAGGGUGUUUGAGGUGCUGGUUGAGGCGGCGGAGGAAGUUGUGAAGGGGAAGGUGACGUAGAAGACAGGGAGUAGAUGAAUAGAUUCCGAGCCCAAAGGGUAGGGUUAUGCUGCUACUUCUGGGCCGGAGCACCUGUGUCAUGGGGCUAUGUGAACAAUGGG